AUGGAGAUGAAAACGUUCCUACCUAAAGGGGCCACGCAGCUGCAGACCAAAGAUGCCAAUUGCUCGAGGCUUGUGACAAAGAUCAGAUGGGUAGUCGAAUCGGCGAAUAGCAGACUGAAGACCUGGCGACUGCUUGAUAAAACCCUCCCAAACACGCACAUCCCAAGUAUUGGAGAUUAUUCCCAAAUCAGUUGUGCAUACUGCAACAAAUUCAGUCCACCUCUUAGCAGCGGAACUUUUGAAAAAGAUAUUGAGAUAGCCUCAAAAUUGAAAGUUUUGGCAAGGUCAUCAAAUGAACUUCAAACGCUCAUAAUUGACCAAGGACUAGAUCGGAGAUCAUAUAAAUGGACUCCAUUAGACGCAUCAGAGGCAUGUCCGUUAUUCCCUCGACUGAGUGAGGAUGAAAUCCGGGAGCUGACUCUUGGUGUAUACCAGGUUAAAUUGGCCCGCUCUUACACCCAAGAACAUUGUAGUCAUGAUGGAAGUUAUGACAUUCUUGUAAACAGUGACGUACGAAUGAUCCUUUCUGCAAAAAUACAGAGUCGCCACAUCUCUGCCAAACGCUACAAGCUUUGGAUCAAGUACAGCUGCACCAGCCCGCUCAAGGGCAUUCCAAACUGGGCAGACACCAUCGAGAAUGCUUCAAGGAUGCCAACAAUUGACGAAUCGGACAGUGAUGACCCAGAGGAAUUAGACUUUUUAUUAUGCAUCUAA